AUGGUCGCCAAGAACUCUAUUCUUCUGGCUUUUGCCACGGCCGUGCUUGCCGCGCCUCAAUUCUUCAAAUACGAGAAGGAAGAAGUCCUUGUUGCUGUGAAAGUCCCAGAGGAAGACACCAAGCCGUCUACUCAGGCUCCCGUUGUGAUAAACAUCAUGACAGACUCUGAUGAUCCAGCUGUGUGGCCAAAUUGUCGGAAAAAUGGCACUAGUGCGUAUACGCUGCCUACUCUGCUCUUGUACUGUCCUAACCUCUAA